AUAGUUAAAAACCCACGAUUUCGUUGCCCAAAUGGGCCGCCUCGCUACAUCACAACAGUGGCGACGAGUAUUUACUUAGUUUAUGUCGGUUUCGCCGGUUUCGCGUAGUGAAAACUCCGUCGGAAAAUUAUCACGACGCCGCCGACGAAAAGGAGAAAGCGCACAUACAGUGCAAUGGAGGAGUCGCAGCAAGCAUCGGGAGUCAAUCCACCCGGUCAUAACCAGAACGGGCAUCACCACCAGAAUGCCCAGCAGCAGCAGCAGCAUCCUUCACUGCCACAUCAGCUUCCUCCGCAACAACCGCUUCUACAACCUCCUCAGCAGCAUCCACCACCUAACCUCAACCAACCGCAGCUUGGAUCCACGAACGAUGCCCUCAUCCUGCAAAUAUUGCAGUACCUGCAGCAUCAACAGGCCGUCACCAAUCAGAUCCUCCAACAGCAGCGUGAGUUCCAGCAACAGCAGCAACAGGGCGUACUUCAGCAGCAAGAGGCGAUUUUUCGGAACGCUAUGCAAUCCAUCCAAGUGAACGUCCCUCCCAAUCAGGAACUCAUCUUGGACUCGUUAGCUGCGAACACUAAGGAAUUCCUCUACGAUCCAGAAGCCAGUUCCACCUUCGGGUCGUGGUAUGCCAGAUACGAAGACCUUUUUGCGAAAGACGCUGAACGGAUCGACGACGACGCGAAAGUACGGUUGCUUCUCCGUCGGCUAGGAACCCAGGAGCAUUAUCGUUAUGUGAGCUACAUCCUGCCGAACGCACCGAAAGAUUUCUCGUUUUCGGAAACGGUGGAGAAGCUACGAGGUCUUUUCGGCACCAAGAAGUCAGCAGUGAAGAAGCGGUAUUCCACACUCACCAUCGCAAAAUCACCCACGGAGGACUACGUCUCCUAUGCCUGCCGGGUGAACAAGAUGUGUGUAGAAUUUGAGUUGUCCAAAAUGUCCGAGGCCCAAUUCAAAUGCUUGAUGUUUGUUUGUGGGCUAAAGUCAGAGCGUGAUUCGGAGGUACGGACAAGGCUGCUGACGAGGAUCGAAGACAACAACAGUGUCAACCUGGAUUCGCUCAUCGAAGAAUGCCAACGGUUGAUGAACCUGAAGAGUGAUACGGCUAUGAUUGAGAAUCCGGUGGCCCCAGCAGUUCAAGCCAUCAAGGGAAAGCAGCAAUACCGGAAGCCGUUCAAAAAGCCUUUCAGCGAGCAACGUUCAAGUCAGCAGCAUCAACGGCAGCAGCAACCACGGAAGAGUGGUCCGGCAUCGCCUUGCUGGAAUUGUGGCGCGAUGCACUAUGCACGAGACUGCACUUUCACCAACCAUAAGUGUUCGUCCUGUCAACAGUUGGGACAUAAGGAAGGCUAUUGUUCCAGCGCCAGGAGAUCAGCCAAGGGUAGGAGAUCCAACGAUAAGCAGUUCUCCACCAAAACCGUCGUGUCCGUCAACAGCGUUCAAGGCAAGCGCCGUUUCGUUUGGGUAAAACUCAACAACAUCCCGGUGCGACUUCAGUUGGACACAGCAUCCGACAUCACCAUCGUGUCAAAGGAGGUGUGGGAGCGAAUUGGUAAGCCAGUAGCAGUCCCCACAUUGCAAAACGCCAAAACUGCAUCCGAGGAGGACCUCCGCCUCGAAUUUGAGUUCCUCUGCGAAGUUUCCCUCAACGAAUCCGUGAGUACUGGUCACAUUUACGUUUCUAAUAAUCCGUUGAAUCUUUUGGGGAUCGAUUUCAUCGACAAACUGGACCUCUGGUCGUUACCGAUGGACAAGUUUUGUAAUCUCGUCAACGGUGAUGUGCCAGUCGACGCCGGUUCACUGCAGAAGGUCUAUCCUGAACUCUUCAGCCCGACCCUGGGACUCUGCACAAAAACCAAAGUGAGUUUGGCACUGAAGGAGGCAUGCAAACCUGUUUUUCGGCCUAAGCGGCCGGUGUCAUACGCCAUGCUACCCACUGUCGACGCGGAGCUUGAUCGAUUGGAAAGUCUGGGCAUAAUAACACCAGUCGAUUUUUCGGAGUGGGCGGCUCCGAUCGUCGUUGUUAGAAAGUCGAACGGGAGCAUCCGGAUAUGUGGCGAUUACUCCACAGGGUUGAACGACCGCCUACUACCUCACCAGUACCCUCUACCCUUGCCGCAGGACAUUUUCUCGAAGUUGACUGGCUGCACCGUUUUCAGUCAGAUAGACUUGUCCGACGCUUUCCUUCAAAUGGAAGUCGACGAAAGCAGCCGGAAACUACUCACCGUCAAUACUCACCGGGGCUUGUACCAAUACAACAGGCUUCCUCCGGGAGUCAAAGCAGCUCCUGGAGCUUUCCAACAAUUGAUGGACGUUAUGCUGGCCGGACUUCCUUUCACGUCGGGAUACCUCGAUGAUGUCAUCGUCGGGGGCAGAACCGUUGAGGAGCAUCGGCGAAAUUUGCAUGCAGUUCUCCAACGGAUCCAAGAAUUCGGCUUCACGAUCCGUCCAGAAAAGUGCUCUUUUGGACAAGAACAACUCGGAUAUUUGGGCCUUUUGCUCGAUAAAGAUGGUCUGCACCCAGAUCCGAACAAAAUUAAGGCAAUCCAGGACAUGCCACCGCCACGCGACCUUACGGGUGUCCGCUCCUUCUUGGGCGCCGUUAAUUAUUACGGGAAAUUCGUCCCGAAUAUGCGUUCACUGAGAUACCCGCUGGAUGAACUUCUCAAGUCUUCUUCUACCUUUAGGUGGACUGCUCAAUGCCAGAAGGCUUUUGACGACUUCAAGGCGAUUCUCUCGUCGGACCUUUUGUUGGCACACUAUGAUCCCCGUCAAGAAAUAGUGGUGUCAGCUGAUGCGUCGUCGAUUGGCAUUGGGGCUACCAUCAGCCACAAGUACCCUGAUGGCAAAAUGAAGGUUAUCCAGCAUGCAUCGCGGGCAUUGACGACCACCGAAGAGAAGUACUCGCAACCAGACCGUGAAGGAUUGGCGAUUGUGUUUGCCGUGACCAAAUUUCACAAGUACAUCUUCGGCAGACACUUUCGGCUACAAACGGAUCAUGCUCCACUCUUGCGCAUCUUCGGGUCCAAGAAGGGUAUACCAGUGUAUACAGCUAAUCGCCUUCAACGCUGGGCCCUUACCUUGCUCUCCUACGACUUUUCGAUGGAAUAUGUCUCAACCAAUAAAUUCGGAAAUGCAGAUGUGCUGUCGCGCCUGAUUGAUCAGCAUAUCAAACCCGACGAAGAUUUUGUGGUAGCCUGUACAACACUCGAAGAAGACCUGAAAUCCGUAGCCACCAGUACAGUCAGCCAACUGCCACUGAGUUUCCGAAUGGUGGAACAAGCUACUCGAUCCGAUCCAGUUCUUCGGAAGGUGUACCGUUUCGUCAAACACGGAUGGCCGAAGACACGUUCGGAUGUGAAAAGCAAGGAGUUACUGCGCUACUACGAUCGCCAAGAAGCACUGUCCAUCGUCGAAGGAAGCAUCAUGUUCAGCGACAGGUUGGUUAUCCCGGCCCUCUACAGGAAGCGGUGUCUGGUCCAAAUGCACAAAGGGCAUCCAGGAAUUCAACGAAUGAAGGCUGUGGCGCGCAGUUUUGUCUACUGGCCUUGUCUCGACGAGGACAUCAUCGACCACGUUCGAGCUUGCCACGGCUGUGCCUCUGCAGCAAGAUCUCCGCCAAAAGUUACACCAGAACCGUGGCCCAAACCAACGGUUCCAUGGCAGAGAAUACAUGUCGACUACGCUGGCCCACUGGAGGGCGAGUUCUAUCUGGUGACCGUGGAUGCAUACAGCAAGUGGCCGGAGAUUUUCCCAACCAAGUCAAUCACUUCGAAGGCUACAAUCAACCUCCUUCGAAGCCUAUUUGCCAACAAGGGAAUGCCUGAAGUCCUAGUGUCAGAUAAUGGCACGCAGUUCACUAGCGCCGAGUUCAAGGAGUUCUGCAACGAAAACGGAGUGGAACACGUAACAACAGCACCAUUCCACCCGCAAUCCAACGGCCAAGCCGAAAGGUUUGUAGACACGUUUAAGCGGGCGGUCAAAAAAGUCCAGGACGGAGAAGGUUCCAUCAAAACGGCGUUAGAUACAUUUCUGCUUACGUACAGAACUACUCCAAAUCCAAAUACACCAGAUGGAAGAUCGCCUGCAGAGCUGAUGUACAAUCGUCGGCUUAGAACAUCGUUGGAACUUCUGCGUGCGCCACGGAACCAAGCAACAUCUACGGAUGUGGACGCAGAUCACCAAUCAAGAUCGUUCGUACCGAAAGAUGCCGUCUAUGCAAAAGUCUACGCCAACAAUAAGUGGACUUGGGCUCCAGGAACGGUCGUGGAAAGGAUCGGCCGAGUAAUGUAUAACGUUUGGAUUAACGACAGGAAGUUGAUCCGAUCUCACGUGAACCAGCUCAGAAGCCGAGGUACAACUACCCUUCGAACGAACAAGAAGCACAUUCUACCGCUGGAAAUUUUGCUGAGUGAGUGCAACUUAGUCAAGCCAUCAACGAUUUGCCAUCCAGCUCAGACAACACCCUCGCCGGAGUCCCUACGAGACCUACCAACUCGGGUGUCGUCUUCAGAAUCUCCAUCGUCAUCGAGUGAAGCAAGUUCGUCCUCUUCAACAACGAUGUCAUCGGCUGGUUUCCAAUCAGCAGUCGAAACAUCGCCAGCGAUCCUAGUCCCUCGUCGAUCUUCUCGCAUCAGAAGACCGCCGCAGCGGUUCAACGCCUAUCGACGAUAUUAAGGAGGGAGAUGUUGGGGUCAAAUGAUCACCCUAACGGAAUCCAUCAGGCUCUCCGCUGGCAGCCUCGACUGUCACCGGUUGACGUCAUCAUUGUGUGUCGAACUUUCUA